ACCGCGUAAACAGUGGACCUGGUGCAGCCCGGGUCGGCCUCUGAGCGCAGCCGGCGACUGUGUUUGCGGUGGGUGGAGGUGGUCGCCCGAGCCCGUCGGCGAUUUUCGGCUACCAAGAUGGCUUCCAAAAGGCGAACCUUGAGCUUUAGCGAAAGGCAUCAGAAAUUAGUAGAUGAAAACUACCGUAAAAAAUUGCAUGUCCAAGCACUCCAAGAAAUAGAGGCUCAGAUCAGGAACCAAAUGGUCAGGAACGAGAAUGACAACCGGGCAGAGCAGAAGAGAUUCCUCAGACUAUUACAGGAUGAACAGUUUGAGUUGGAUAUGGAAGAGGCCAUCCAAAAGGCAGAAGAAAACAAGAGAUUGAGGAAACUCCAGCUUGAACAAGAAGAAAAGUUGGCUACAGAAUUGGCAAAACUAAAACAUGAAAGUCUAAAGGAUGAAAAGAUGAGGCAACAAGUAAGAGAAAACAGUAUUGAGCUCAGAGAACUGGAGAAGAAAUUAAAAGCAGCUUAUAUGAAUAAAGAAAGGGCAGCUCAGAUUGCUGAAAAGGAUGCCAUUAAAUAUGAGCAAAUGAAACGUGAUGCUGAAAUAGCCAAAACUAUGAUGGAAGAACACGAGAGGGCAAUCAAGGAGGAGAAUGCUGCGGAAGACAGACGAAAUAAAAUGAAAGCGCAGUACUACCUGGACUUAGAGAAACAACUUGAAGAACAAGAAAUAAAGAAGCAGGAAGCUUAUGAGCAGUUGCUGAAAGAGAAACUCAUGAUUGAUGAGAUUGUUAGGAAAAUCUAUGAAGAAGACCAAUUGGAAAGACAACAAAAGUUAGAAAAAAUGACUACAAUUCAAAAGUAUAUGGAGGAAUUUCAGAAAGAGCAGGCUCUCUGGAGAAGAAAGAAAUGUGAGGAGAUGGAGGAAGAAAACAGAAAAAUCAUGGAGUUUGCCAACAUGCAGCAGCAAAGAGAAGAAGCUCGGAUGGCGAAAGUUCAAGAAAAUGAGGAGAAAAGGCUACAGCUUCAGAAUGCGCUGUCUCAGAAGUUGGAAGAAAAGCUGCGGCAACGUGAAGAUUUGGAACAAGUGCGGCAAGAAUUAUACCAGGAAGAACAAGCUGAAAUGAUUAAGAAAAAACUAAAAGAAGAAGCAGAAGAGAAAUUGAGAAAGCAAAAGGAGAUGAAGCAAGAUUUUGAAGAACAGAUGGCCUUGAAGGAACUGGUUCUGCAGGCUGCAAAAGAGGAAGAGGAGCUCUUUAGGAAAACUAUGCUAGCUAAACUUGCAGAGGAUGAUCGAAUAGAAUUAAUGAAUGCGCAGAAACAAAGAAUGAAGCAACUGGAACACAGAAGGGCUGUGGAAAAACUCAUAGAGGAACGUCGCAACCAGUUCCUUGCAGACAAACAACGUGAACUGGAAGAAUGGCAAUUGCAACAAAGAAGACAAGGAUGCAUUAAUGCAGUCAUCGAAGAAGAAAGGCUAAAACUUCUCAAAGAACAUGCUACAAAAUUAUUAGGAUAUCUCCCUAAAGGGAUAUUUAAAAAAGAGGAUGACAUUGAUAUGCUUGGUGAAGAGUUUAAGAAAGCAUAUCAGAAAAGAAGUACAACUUGUGAAGACAAGUGAUAACAUCAAGAUUUGGUAACCCUGGGUUCUUUUGUAUGUUGCCACUAGAUGUCAGUGUAACUUUGAUUUUACAGUUCAGUGACACUACAGAUCGUUUAUGCGGAUCUUCUAAAACAUUUACUUAUUUCAUAACUUAUAAACAGCUACCAGGAGUAUUAAGUAUAUUAGCUACUUUUAGUCAAACAUUUUUAUACUGAUAAUCUGAGUAUCUGAAUUCUAUACCACUUUAUAACAUUCCAUGUUUUCUGCUUAUAUUUACUUCUGAACUGUUGCCUUCUGCCUUUGUAUUUAGGAACUUUCCUUCCUUGUUUGGCCAGGGAAAGAAAUAUUUAGAAUUUGAUUUUAAAGCAUAUUUUUGAAUCUACUUUAAGGAAGGAGAAAAGAUUUCAGACUGUCAAAGUGCUUUAUGACCUAAUGUGCCUAAC